UGUAAGCGUCAGAUUGGGCUUUCUCGCAGAACCAAUGAGGAGCAAACACGAUUUAAGCUUUGAUGGUGUACUCAUAUGUCGUGUAACGUCUGCUAGGAUGGCAGGGUUAAAAUUAAGUUGGGUGUUAUUCAUAAAUUUAACAAUAUGUGUGGUAUUAUCGAUAGCUGGAAGAGAUUUUUAUAGCAUAUUAGGUUUAUCACAUAGUGCUAGUACACAUGCAAUUAAGAAGGCAUAUAGACGAUUAGCAAAGGAACUGCAUCCAGAUAAGAAUAAAGAUGAUCCAGAUGCUUCUCAAAAAUUUCAAGACUUAGGGGCUGCAUAUGAAGUAUUAUCGGAUCCUGAGAAAAGAGAAAUGUAUGAUAGAUGUGGCGAAGAAUGCUUGAAAAAGGAUGGCAUGAUGAAUAGUAACAUGGAUCCUUUUGCAAGUUUCUUUGGGGAUAUUAACUUUCAUUUUGGUGGAGAAUCACAUCAGCAACAACAAACGCCUAGAGGUUCCAAUGUUGUGAUGGAUUUGUAUGUCACUUUAGAAGAAUUAUAUAGUGGAAAUUUCAUUGAGAUUACAAGAAAUAAACCAGUUGUUAAGACAGCAAAGGGAACAAGGAAAUGUAAUUGUAGACAGGAAUUAGUUACUCGCAAUUUAGGAAACGGUAGAUUCCAAAUGAUGCAACAGUCAGUGUGUUCGGAAUGUCCAAAUGUAAAAUUGGUUAAUGAGGAACGUAUAUUAGAAGUAGAAGUUGAACCAGGAAUGGUAGAUAACCAAGAAACUAAAUUUACUGCAGAAGGAGAACCACAUAUUGAUGGAGAACCAGGAGAUUUGAUAAUAAAGAUACAAACUAUACCUCAUCCUGUUUUUGAAAGAAGAGGCGAUGAUUUGUACACAAAUGUUACAAUAUCUUUGCAAGAUGCCCUAUUAGGCUUCUCAAUAGAUAUAAAGCAUUUAGAUGGUCAUAUAGUAACUAUUCAAAGGGACAAAAUUACUAAACAUGGUGCCCGUAUUCGGAAAAAGGGCGAGGGAAUGCCUAAUUACGAUAAUAAUAACGUCCAUGGCGCUUUAUAUGUUACUUUCGAUAUUGCAUUUCCUGAUAAUGAUUUCUCAGAGGAACAGAAAGAAGACAUAAGAAAAUUGCUACAACAAAGUUCUGUGAAUCGAAUAUACAAUGGUAUACAUGGCAAUUAAAUAUUUAAGAACAGUAUGUGUACAAAGUGAAUGUGCAAAGUGAGUGCUUUGGUUAGAAUGUAUGUCUUGAUAUUGUACGUUUAUAUUAAAAGCGAUACUCUUACUUCCUUACUUGAAUAUGAAGGGAGUUGAUAAUCCAAUCGAUUACUGGAUACAUAAAUUGAGUACACGUGACAUUUCCUACAUAAAUUCUAUCACUCAUGUAUAUCAAAUAUAUUUUACUUAGAUGCAAAAGACUGGUUAAAUCUGGUUCUUGUUGCUAAUUAUUUAAAUUAAUUUCUUGUUCUUGUUGCCAAUUAUUUAAAUGAAUAUCAAUAAUUAGGCAAUUUAUCUAGCAAUUAAGUUAGUGUGUUCCGCUAAAUUACAUUACUAUAGAACAGAUUUAAAUAUGUGAAGACAGAUUUUGCAUUUAGUAUCACAAA